AUGGUGAGGGGUCGUGAUGCUGAGAGGUUGCGGGCGACGGCGGGAGUUGUGGUUGGCCAUGGGGAAGAGGGUGAAGAUGGGACGGAGAGGAGGAUGACGGCUAGAGGUGGCAGAGGUCGACCGACGGAGGAGGGAGGAGUCAACUCACGGCCGACGACGCCAUUCCCGUCGCCGACCUCCACCAGCAUUACUUCCUCCGCCGUACACGCGGUUCUCAUCCCCGCCAGCCAAUCCACGGCGGAUCUUCCCCCAGCGCCGCCGACCAGGAGUCCCCACACACCCACAGUCCCACCGGUUUCAGCCCAACUACCCGCCGGCGGCCGACCAAUAGCCACAACAACCACCGUUCAGUCCUCACCGCCGGCGAGCGUUGCCAUCUUCCUCCCUGACCAGCUCGACGUCAUCUUCUCCAUUGUCCAGGCAGCAGUGCCGGCACUAUUCUCACUGCCACUUCGUUCUCGUCGAGGACUGCACCAUAUGCACGGCGAAGCUCCGCCUUGGACCAAAGCUGAAAUCGACGGGGAAAAAUGA